AUGGAUCCUAAUACCGAGGGCACCACAACUAAAAAGUAUACAUCGCAAAGACGAACAAUUGACAUUUCUGCAUCUUAUGAUAGACUAUAUUUCUUGAAGAAGCAUGGCCAGGAGAAUUCGUCAUAUAUAGAGGCAGAAACCUCAUAUAAUGCUCAUAUACUACCGCCAGAUGCCUAUGGUUUUCAUGGGCAUGCCAUCAAUACAGCAACCAAAUUUACGCAUCUUUCAUCAAAUAAGGUAAAGCACGUUAUUCCGGCUCUUACGUGGACGCCAGAAGGAAGAAGGUUAGUGGUAGCUACAUACAAUGGAGAGUUUUCAUUAUGGAGUGGAUCCAGUUUCAAUUUCGAAAGUAUUAUGCAGGCUCAUGAUAGUGCAGUAACCGUGAUGACAUACUCACAUACAGGGGAUUGGAUGGUUAGUGGUAGCGCUGAUGGGGAGCUUAAGAUCUGGCAACCAAACUUUAAUAUGGUUAAAGUCAUGGACCAAGCACAUAUGGAAUGUGUAAGGGAAAUAUCGUUUAGUCCGACCGACCAGAAGUUUGUCAGUUGUUCUGAUGAUAAUGUGUUGAAAAUAUGGAACUUUAGCAACGGACAACAAGAAAGGGUGCUAUCAGGCCAUCAUUGGGACGUCAAAUCAUGCGACUGGCAUCCGAAGAUGGGUUUAAUCGUAUCAGGAUCCAAAGACAAUCUUAUCAAAUUCUGGGAUCCGCGUAGUGGUAGCUGCGUAUCCACCAUGCUUGGUUUUAAACAUACUAUCAUCUCGACGAAAUUCCAACCCAAACAGGGAAACUUACUAUCUGUAAUUUCGAAGGAUAAAACAUGCAAGGUAUAUGAUAUACGACAACAGGCUAAAGAGCUUUUCAGUGUUCGUGAUGAUGUCGACUACAUGACAUUACAGUGGCAUCCAAUCGAUGAAACAGUGUUUACCGUUGGAUGCUAUGAUGGAUCUAUAAAACAUUUCGAUCUAUCCCAGGAAAAUCAGCCAAACAAACCUACACACAACAUUCCAUAUGCACAUGAAAAAUGUGUUACAUCAUUAGCAUAUAGUCCAAUUGGUCACAUCAUGGCUAGCGCCUCGAAAGAUAGGACUAUUCGAUUCUGGACGAGAUCGAGAGCAGUCGAUCCAAACGCCUUUGAUGAUCCAACAUAUAACAAUGAAAAAGUUAAUGCUUGGUACUUCGGUAUCAAUAAUAACAUUAAUGCUGUCAGAAACAAAACAGAACACGGUGUUGCUUUGCCACCAAGUGAAGACUCCAAUAAUAAUGAAAAUGGCGACGGUUCCAGAUCAGUUGAACCUGAGCGACCAUCUGUCAGUACUUUACCAGGUUUGGGAUCAGGAUUACCAGGCCUAAGUUUUUAA